CAAUAAAUCACAAUGAUAGACGUAUUUUUACCAAUUCGAUCAUUUUUCAAGUUCGGCAGCGUGUGUACUGAUAAUAAUGUGUUUCGCAUGCACUAUAAAGCUACGGUCAUUAUGUUGCUCGUGUUUAUGCUAUUGGUGACAUCGAAGCAGUUUUUUGGUGAACCUAUUCAUUGCAUGACCCAGGAUAAGUCUGACGAUAACAAAGAAGCUAUCAACAAUUACUGCUGGAUCUAUGGAACCUACACCCUGAAGAGUCGAUUUUUAGGAGUUGAAGGUAGAGACAUGGCCUAUAUUGGUGUAGGGCCUGAAAAAGGCCAGCAAAACGAGCAGUUAAAACAUACAUAUUAUCAAUGGGUAUGCUUUGUUUUACUGGGACAAGCUAUGAUGUUCUAUACACCAAGAUAUCUUUGGAAGAUCUGGGAAGGUGGUCGUUUAAAAGCACUGGCAUCUGAUUUAGCUAGUCCAAUGAUGACCAAAGACUGGUCCGAGUUUCGUCGCGGAGAACUUGUAGGGUAUUUAACAUAUACACAUGUCUAUACACAUAACAUGUAUGCACUUCGGUAUGCAUUUUGUGAAAUACUCAACCUGGUCAAUGUUGUUGGACAAAUUUUUCUUUUGGAUUUAUUCCUUGGUGGUGCCUUCAGGGAUUAUGGCGCAGGCGUCGCAGCAUUUACUCAUGUACCUAAAGUGCCGUCCAACUUUAUUGAUUAUGACUCCGUAAAUCCAAUGGAUGCAUUUUUUCCAAAAGUAACUAAAUGCUUUAUAAGGAUGUAUGGUCCAUCAGGGACUAUACAAGUGAAAGAUAGACUAUGUGUUUUACCAUUAAAUAUUGUCAAUGAGAAAAUAUUUGUAAUACUAUGGUUUUGGCUUAUAUUUCUGGCUGCUAUGUCAAUUGCUGCUGUAAUUUUUCGAAUCCUUGUGUUGUCUAUGCCACCCAUCCGCAUUUAUUUAAUUAUGGGUCAAGUAAGAUGUGUAAAACACAAGAUAGUUUCAAAAAUAGUUAAGCGUUUCAGUUUUGGUGAUUGGUUCCUGUUGUAUAUGCUUGGCAACAAUAUGAAUCCCAUUGUAUACAAAGACUUAAUCAUAGAACUUUCUAAGGACUUAGAAAGUAGAUCUCUAAUGGUUUAAGUCACUAUUGCUGCACAAAAAUAUUGGAAACAAGUUCCUCAAUGAUUACAGGGUUUAGUAAUAUAUGGUUGAAAUAUUAUAAGAAAAGUUUUGGUUGUAUUUUUAAUUAUAAGGUUAAUUAAGAUCUCAAAAAGUUCUUUCAUUAAGAAAGUUUAUUUUAAGUUGCAUUAUGCAAAGUACAAUUCUUUUUUUUUAAAUUGAAGUGUUGAGUUUACUACUUCAUAGUGUUGAUCUCAGAACUUUUUAUUAGUUUUAAUAAAUAAUUAAUAGUACAGUUAAGCAAACAUAAAGAGUGGUUAUGAUUAUGGAGAAAAAAGACAAUAAAUAGAAAAUUACACAAAAUGAUUCUUUAAUUUAAUCUUAAUCUCUGUUUAAACAAAGGUUUGUUUAAGUAGUGUUUGUGGGUUUAAAAAAACAAUGUUGUUCUAAAUUACACGUGUUAAGAUAUUUUGGUUAAUAAAUGAUCUAAAAAAAUA